AUGGAUAGUGGAAGUGUAUAUGAAUUUUAUUCACAAUUUCAAUAUUUAUUUAUUUCACAAAAAUAUCCUUUAUUAUCUCUUUCAUUAAAACAAAUUCAUGGUUCAUAUAGAAAUUAUAUUGUUUAUUUUUAUUAUUUCAUUCAUGUUCCAACACAAAUAGAAAAUAAUAAAGAUAUUUAUGUUAAAUCAAUAAAUGGAAAUGAUCAAUUUGAAAUUAUUAGAGAAUUUGGAAAGAAGUAUAGUUCAUUUAAAUCUCUUCAUGUUCAAUUUCCAUUUUCUAAUUCUUCUAUUCUUGUUAAUUCAUUUAAGAAACAAAAUUUACUUUUAUUACUUUUAUCAAAUCAUUAUUUAAAUACACUUUUAACAAUUAUAUUAGAAAAUGAUGAAAGUGUUGAUGUUCAUUAUAAUUUAUUAAAAUUAUCAAUUUAUCAUUGUAUAAAUCAAAAAGAUAAAAUCAUUCUAUCAUCAAAAGAAAAUUAUACAAAUAUAAAUAAUAAGAGAAAUGAAUAUGGUGAUAAAUAUGAUAAUAUUUAA